UUCACCUCUGCGCUCUUCCUUCGCGUUGUCUCUGCAGUCAAAGGAACGAGGAUUUGGACGAACCGUAGACCACUCCACUUCAGGGCAAAACUGAUAUUUUUGCAGAUAAAAAUGUCAUGUUUCAGUAUGAAUGCAAUCGUUUUUAUUUGAAUGGAAGAAGGGUAUAUAAAGUCAAGUGGUGUCCGACCUAGCACGUCGAACAGAAAGGCCUUGUCUCGCAAGUCCCAAGUUAUUCUUAUUUGCUUUCUAACGUUACUUUCCUAGCUGCUAGGGAGCUAUUGUAUGGUGCUAGCUAGCUAAAACUUACAAGGAUUUGAAGUCUAGCCAGCUCGCGAGACUCUGGUCUAACUGAAAACGCAGUUACAUCGAAACUUUUUGCAAAGCAAAAAGUUGCUUAUAUUUGAGCUUAGCUAUUUUCUAACAAGAGGUGGCUAGCUGAUGUAGGUUAGGUAGUUAGCUGCUAGCUCGUUUCUUUGGGUUCCACUGCCUAGCAAUAUUGAUUGAAUGUGCAACCACCAGCUAACGUUAGCUAGCUGGCUUGUUUGACAUAGUUAACUAGCUGUCAUUUUCUCAAUCACUAACUACAUUGCUUCUUUAGCUACUAUUCUAAGCAUUAACGUGGAAGUAGCUAGUAGGAGGCUAAAGAAGGAUCCUCAGUCAAACAAGGAAGUAAAUUAAUUUAGCUAACUAGCCAUUGUUUUUGUGCCAGACAAAUGAGAGCGUGACUUGCUUUGUACGUUGCUAGAGCUGCAGUGGGCACGAGCAAAUAGCACAAUUUAUCCUCAAUACCAUUCUAGAUAACUUUGCUAUCUGUCCCGCAUUUCGACAGCUAAUCGAUAGUUAGGAUAGCUAGCUAGUUAGCCAGCUGACUCGAGGGCAAAAUGAUUCCAGACAAAGCACCGAAGGAGGACGUUUUUCAUGCAGGAGGAGACUUGAAGAAGAACGCUCAUGUACCCAACUUUGAGAACUACAAAGAACUCUACCAGAAAUCUAUUGAAAAUCCAGAUGGUAGGUUUAUCUACAAAUACACUUAUCAAAGCCUUGUCAACAACUUGUGGAAAUAAGUGUUGCAUGAACAAACACCUUUCACUUCUAUUUUUACAAUUGUUUUGCCUCUUGUCUUACAAGAAGCUAAAAUGACUAUGUAUGCUGAUUGCACCUACAGCCAGUGAGUUCACUGACGCUUAACAAGGAGUUAGUUUCAGAAUGGGUAAUUAACAAUAAACUGGUCUUAAAUGCAUCUAAAAAACCAAAAGCAUUGUAUUUGGUUCAAAGCAUUAUCUUAGACCUAAACCUCAGCUGGAGUUGUGCAUAAAGGGUGUGACCAUUGAACAACUUGAAGAAGUUGAACUUCUAGGAGUAACAUUGGAUGGUCAGUUAUCAUGGUCAAGUCAUAUUAACAAAGUUGUUGUGAAGAUGGGGAGAGGUAUGUCUGUUUAUAAAAAUACGUUCUGUGUUUUUGACACAAAGAUCAACUGUACUAGUUGUUCAGGCCCUGAUCUUGUCCCAUCUUGAUUAUUGUCCGGUAAUAUUGUAAGGUGCAGAAAAGAAAGACCUAGCAGCACACCUUGCCCUUAACUGCACACCAAGAAAUAACAACAACCAUGCGUGAUAGUCUUUCAUGGUUGAGGAGAAAUUAACUACUUCUGGUCGUUUUUAAGAAAAAUUUGUGAAAAUGCCUAACCCCUUGUAUAAUAUACAGUGCCUUCGGGAAAGUAUUCAGACCACUUUACUUUUUCCACCUUUUGUUACGUUACAGACUUAUUCUAAAAUGGAUUAAUACAAAUAAUCCUCAGCAAUCUACACACAAUAACCCAUAAUGACAAAGCGAAAACAGGUUUUUAGAAAUGUUUGCAAAUUUAUUAAAAAAAAAACCCAGAUACCUUAUUUACAUUUUUACAUACAUAAGUAUUCAGACCCUUUGCUAUGGGACUUGAAAUUGCUAUGGGACUUGAAAUUGAGCUCAGGUACAUCCUGUUUCCAUUAAUCAUCCUUGAUGUUUCUAAAACUUGAUUGGAGUCCACCUGUGGUAAAUUCAAUUGAUUGGACAUGAUUUGUAAAGGCACACACCUGUCUAUAUAAGGUCCCACAGUUGACAGUGCAUGUCAGAGCAAAACCCAAGCCAUGAGGUCGAAGGAAUUGUUCGUAGAGCUCCGAGACAGGAUUGUGUCGAGGCACAGAUCUGGGGAAGGGUACCAAAACAUUUCUGCAGCAUUGAAGGUCCCCAAGAACACAGUGGCCUCCAUCAUUCUUAAAUGGAAAACUGAGCAAUCGGGGGAGAAGGGCCUUGGUCAGGGAUGUGACCAAGAACCCGAUGGUCAUUCUGACAGAGCUCUAGAGUUCCUCUGUGGAGAUGGGAGAACCUUCCAGAAGGACAACCAUCUCUGCAGCACUCCAUCAAUCAGGCCUUUAUGGUAGAGUGGCUAGACGGAAGCCACUCUUCAGUUAAAGGCACAUGACAGCUCGCUUGGAGUUUGCCAAAAGGCACCUAAAGACUCUGACCAUGAGAAACAAGUUUCUCUGGUCUGAUGAAACCAAGAUUGAACUCUUUGGCCUGAAUGCCAAGCGUCACGUCUGGAGGAAACCUGGCACCAUCCCUACGGUGAAGCAUGGUGGUGGCAGCAUCAUGCUGUGGGGGAUGUUUUUCAGCAGCAGGGACUGGGAGACAUGAUCGAGGGAAAGAUGAACGGAGUAAAGUACAGGGAGAUCCUUGAUGAAAAGCUUAUCCAGAGCGCUCAGGUCCUCCGACUGGGGUGAAGGUUCACCUUCCAACAGGACAACAACCCUAAGUACCCAGCAAAGACAACGCAGGAGUGGCUUCGGGACAAGUCUCUGAAUGUUCUUGAGUGGCCCAGCCAGAGGCCGGACUUGAACCCGAUCAAACAUCUCUGGAGAGAUUUUAAAAUAGCUGUGCAGCGACGCUCCCCAUCCAACCUGACAGAGCUUGAGAGGAUCUGCAGAGAAGAAUGGGAGAACCUCCCAAAAACAGGGGUGCCAAGCUUGUAGCGUCAUACCCAAGAAGACUCGAGGCUGUAAUCGCUGCCAAAGGUGCGUCAACAAAGUACUGAGUAAAGGGUCUGAAUACUUGUGUAAAUGUCAUUUCCAUUUUUUUUUUUAUACAUUUGCAAAAAUUCCAAUAAGACUCUUAUUUUGUUUUUUUAAAUUUAGAAUUGAAUGUAAUAUCUUAUGUUCUUGUCUGUAACUGUUCUGUACUUUGUUGUGUAUUUAUGUUUUAUGUGGACCCAAGGAAGAGUAGCUGCUGCAUGUGCAGUAGCUAAUGGGGAACCUAACAAACUAAACUUAUGGAUAAGGAUAGCUAGCCUACAUCAUGCAGUAAUGUUUUUUAUCUGUCUAACACGGAUGGCAAUUCAUGAGUGUUUAAACAUUUGGUAAUGUGACAAGAAAUGGGUGUGUCUGACAUUUCUGUGCUUCCUGGUGGUGGAGGCUGCAGGUGGCCUUGCAUGAUUGUCCCAUUCAACCACCAGCUAGUUAGUGGUCAUCAUAAUGGCUCAUCAUUUCUUCCUUAUUCCAGAGUUCUGGGGUGACAUUGCAAAAGAAUUCUACUGGAAGUCGACGCACACGGGCCAGUUCUUGGACUACAACUUUGACGUGACGAAGGGGGAGAUCUACAUCAAGUGCAUGGAGGGGGCCACCACCAACAUCUGCUACAACGUCCUUGACCGCAACGUUCACGAGAGGAAGCUUGGGGACAAAGUGGCAUUCUACUGGUCAGUGUGUGUGUGUGUGUGUGUCAAGUGGGAUUAUGGAGGUUGUCAAAGCACACUCUUGUUGGCCGUUCUAUGGUCCUCUGCUUGAGGGGGUGCCCCUCGGGAACAAUGGGAUGGAAUGCUAGGAGAGGAGGCUAAAUGGUUCAACAGUGAUACUCGGUCCUUCGUCUCUGGCCUCAUUUGAUAUGACUAAUGCUCAUGAUUUUUCCCCCUUCUUUGUGAAGCUAGCCCCAGGUCAAAGAUGUCCCCAUGAAUGAAUAGUGAAUCCAUGAGGAUGAAUGUGCUGGAUGGGUUAUUUAGGGAUGUGGUAGCUAUUUGUGUGUUAUGUUGGUAUAGCAUUUAGCAGAGUUUUUCAAGGACUACGUAUGCGAUUUUUUUUGUGUAUGGUUCCCGGGGAUCGAACCCAUACCUGGCGUUAUAAGCCGGCUUAAAUUGGUUGUUUGGAUUCCGGGCUGCUGGGUUGGACAAAGCAGCAUUCCAAGCCUUUCGGUAUUGGAGGGGCGCAAGACACACCAAUGCUGCUAAUAGUUUCAAUCUGUGAAAUAUCAUGCCCUACCAUAAGAAUAUCAUUUUCAUGUGCUGUCCCGAAUUCAUCUCUUGUAUUUAUCUCAACGCGCACAUUAUUUCCAGGUGCUUCCAGCCUAGCAUUUCGUUUGGUACAGCGGGGCUUAAUUAAUAUAAGCUUGUUGUCUGCAUGUCCGAUUUCGGAAACAAUGUUUCACUUUUUAAUUUAGAUCUCUGUAGUACCGAAGACAGGCUGAAACUGCUUCUCCAAUAAAAAUCCCAGAUCCCACUUGUAGGCGACGUUGGCUAGCAAAGCUCAUGCGUAGAAACACGUAAUCGGGUCUAACGGUUGUCUCGCGCCGAACAGCACAUCAAAUCAAAGGCACUCGUUCGAUAUAAAGUUAUUUUUGACAAAAAUGAAAACCUUUCACAAGGUUGGAGUAAUAACAUGUUCAACUACUCAAAUCUAGGUUGUACCUUUUUAGAUUGAGAAGAUUACAACUGAGUAAGAAUUUUUAACUUCUCUCAUUGACUUCUCAAACCUGGUCUGUUUGGCAAGCGUUCCCGGAAGUCUUGCAAUGUUGUGCCUCUGGGUUUAGAGUGAAUGGUUCCCAGACAAACUUUUUCUGAGACGGUCGCAAUAACGCAUCAACGUCAUUAUCAUGGACAUAUCCAAGUAAAUGUCAAUAUAAACAAAGCUCAAAUACAUGAAAAUGCAUGAAUACAGUCACAGGUAAAUGGGUUGACUGGCCGAACAAUGCCAUUUACCUAUGACUGUUCAUGAUACAGCACUGCCUCUUGUGCCUUAUUGGUUAAUUAUAGUCUUUGCUCACCCCGUGAACCACACCAGACUGUGGGUCAUUUAGACCACAAGGAGAUGUCAUGUAUGUACAGUAUGCUGCAGUUUUGACAUAAUAAAGUGCUCUGUAGUCUCAAUGCAGUGGUAUACGGACACCAAGCUCCCAGUCACAUCAAAGUUGAAUUCAUUUAGGUGUCUGCGUGUCUUAUCUUGCAAAUUGUCUCACAGUUAUUGGCUAAUGAUGAACAUCAUUAGGCCUACACUUGACUUGAACUGCGUACUAGGGUGACUGAGGUCUCAACUCUGAUUUUAGAAAACUGACUUCACACUACAGAUGUUUUCACUACUAGAAUUUUGAAGUGUAUUCCUUGCCCACAGGCUACUCAUCACAAUGGUUAAAGUUAGGAGAGAUUUUGCUUCACUUCCAAAGUUCUGUCUUGCGUUGUUGUAGCUUAAAAGGCCGUACUCUCUGCAGUGUCUUUCAGUCAUGACUUCUCAAGUGUGAAAUAUCUGUCCCAUCAGUUCCUAUUUAUACCAUUAGUUUGGCCCUGCUUCUCAUCUUAUUCAGUCCUUUCUUUAGGAAUUCUGUUUUAGUCUCGGACUGAUGUUGUAAUAGGCAAGCCUAUCGUCUGUUGCUAGGCUACAUUAGCUGUUUUGGCCCUAAAUGCUUGUUAUGUUUAUUCUGUGCUGAUGUAGGAACUAGGCAGGCCUGGUUUUUUUCUGUCCUCUGCCAACCUCUACAACAGUGUUGGAGUGUUUGUCAUCUGUACUUUGACAUCUUGACCGUUAGUGCUGAAAGUGUAUUUAUAGGACUGGGUGUCUUGACUCGUGUGUGUGUGUGUUUCGCCACACUGUCACCACCAUUGGGAGGGGAACUAGUUGGAUGACCUUGACCUACCAGCAGUCGUGUGAGACUCUGCCAGAGAGCAGAGUGAAGCUCAUAAAUAAACACCAAUCUAAAAGGGAACAGUGGGCAGUCUGUUGAGAAAUCAAUGUUGUGUGAAUGCAGAGCUUUGCAUGGGUCUUUUCGUCCUUGCACAUACACCAUUGCGAGAUAACACAGUGGCUCUCUACAGUAUCUGGCAGGCCUAUUGCUUCUCAAUCUAAAUUCACAGCCAGACCCACAAGCUCUCUUUCCUUUAGAUUUCCUGUUAUACACAGCCUAAUAGGUUUUGUCCCUAAUUGCCCUACAUUUUACUGUAGUUCGUUAUGAUUAUUCUGUGCUGAUGGAGGUACAGUUGAAUUGUUUCUGUCCUCUGCCAACCUCUACAACAGUGUUGGAGUGUUUCAUCUGUACUUUGACUUCUUGACCGUGAGUGCUGAAAGUGUAUUUAUAGGACUGGGUGUGUUUCGCCACACCCAUGGGGAGGGGAAAUUAAGCUAACAUAUGGAAUUGUUUUAAGAUGGUCACACCAUGGAUCAUUUAGCUAUUUGAUUUAGCAUUUUAGGACCCCUUUAGGUAUCCAUAUUUGUUAUAAAAUAUUGAAUUUGACCUUUACUGCUAUAGCCCAUAGAAACGCGUUGAAUAACACAUUCAUAAAUGGCAAACGAGGCGGUCAACUAAAUCACAAGGAAUAAGGUUUUGAAGUGUCUGUCCUAUAUCUAGGAGAUAUGAGAAAGCUCAGGAAUUAUUAUAUUUAAAAAAUGGACACAUUUUAACCCCUUUUUAGGGGGGGGCACAACUACUUUUUUUUAAACCGGUACUGGUUUACCUUUAGAUGAGAAACGGAUAACCCCAUCGUGUUCCUGAGUCUCCACUUUCCAUAGUGGGGUCAUAUUAGUUUGUAGCCCAAACGGUUCGGACGCUGCAGACAGAAGUUGGCACAUCAGCGGUACUGACUUCAGACGAGUCCCAUGACACUAUUGGGGGUGGUAGAACAAAACGGAGAACACCAUCAUGUUGGUGAGUGUUAUCUUUCCAUAGAGUGGUCAUAUUCAUUUGUAGGCCAACCCAUUGGGACGCUACAGACGUUUUCGUGAGAAGACCGAUUUUCGGGGUGUCUCCUGGUCUGACAAACAGCGCUGUAGCUCUGCUACUUUCCACUGCAGAUGCGGAAGGCCAACAAAGGCGGAUGCAGUGGAUUGAGACUCAGACCAUACAAAAAAAACAUAUCUCUAGCUUAAACAGACGGAUUGUGAUUUUAAAAUGAUGUUAAUUAGAUAGACUCGCGGGUCAAUCGACUCUAGGGUGUUUAAGUAGUCUAAUGUGGUUAUUUGAGCAUAAUGUAGGCCAGGGGGGGGGGGGCACAAAAAAAACUAACUCAUCGUGAGGGGCUGCAGUGGCUCGUGGGUCUGCGUACCCACAUCCAUACCCACACAUGCAGUCAGAGCCGGCCCUAGCCUUGCGAGUAAAACAUCUUAGCGGCCCCCCCUCUUGAUAGCGAAGAGAGAAUUGAUGUUUUACAGCGAAUUUCCUGCAAUUCUACACAUGUUUCCAUAGGCUGGAGACAAAUGUUUGCAGUUUUUAAUAUGAUAUCUACAUUUACAUUUAAGUCAUUUAGCAGACGCUCUUAUCCAGAGCGACUUACAUGAGCAAUUAGGGUUAAGUGCCUUGCUCAAGGGCACAUCGACAGAUGUUUCACCUAGUCGGCUCGGGGAUUAGAACCAGCGACCUUCUGAUGAUCAAUGGGGCCCACACGGUAAUUGGUAAUUCGACCAUUCUUACUACAAGUUUAGAUAGCUGAUCGCUACACUACUAACUUAUCGAUUUGAAACAUUUUAGCUGACAUGGGCUAAUUGAAUGACUGACAUAACAAAAUAAAAACUGAUGCACAACCACAUUUUUUAGAUUGCGCCUUGUGUAUUCUAUUAUUCUAACUCUCAACAGUGAGUUGAGACCCCGACUGAGUUCCAGGAAUUGAUCCGCGGGCCAUAGGUUGAGAUAGAUAUAUAUAUAUAUAUAUAUAUAUAUACACACACACACAGUGGGGAGAACAAGUAUUUGAUACACUGCCGAUUUUGCAGGUUUUCCUACCACAAAGCAUGUAGAGGUCUGUCAUUUUUAUCAUAGGUACACUUCAACUGUGAGAGACGGAAUCUAAAACACAAAUCCAGAAAAUUACAUUGUAUGAUUUGUAAGUAAUUAAUUUGCAUUUUAUUGCAUGACAUAAGUAUUUGAUACAUCAGAAAAGCAGAACUUAAUAUUUGGUACAGAAACCUUUGUUUGCAAUUACAGAGAUCAUACGUUUCCUGUAGGUCUUGACCAGGUUUGCACACACUGCAGCAGGGAUUUUGGCCCACUCCUCCAUACAGACCUCCAGAUCCUUCAGGUUUCGGGACUGUCGCUGGGCAAUACAGACUUUCAGCUCCCUCCAAAGAUUUUCUAUUGGGUUCAGGUCUGGAGACUGGCUAGGCCACUCCAGGACCUUGAGAUGCUUCUUACGGAGCCACUCCUUAGUUGCCCUGGCUGUGUGUUUCGGGUCGUUGUCAUGCUGAAAGACCCAGCCACGACCCAUCUUCAAUGCUCUUACUGAGGGAAGGAGGUUGUUGGCCAAGAUCUCGCGAUACAUGGCCCCAUCCAUCCUCCCCUCAAUACGGUGCAGUCGUCCUGUCCCCUUUGCAGAAAAGCAUCCCCAAAGAAUGAUGUUUCCACCUCCAUGCUUCACGGUUGGGAUGGUGUUCUUGGGGUUAUACUCAUCCUUCUUCUUCCUCCAAACAUGGCGAGUGGAGUUUAGACCAAAAAGCUAUAUUUUUGUCUCAUCAGACCACAUGACCUUCUCCCAUUCCUCCUCUGGAUCAUCCAGAUGGUCAUUGGCAAACUUCAGACGGGCCUGGACAUGCGCUGGCUUGAGCAGGGGGACCUUGCGUGCGCUGCAGGAUUUUAAUCCUUGACGGCGUAGUGUGUUACUAAUGGUUUUCUUUGAGACUGUGGUCCCAGCUCUCUUCAGGUCAUUGACCAGGUCCUGCCGUGUAGUUCUGGGCUGAUCCCUCACUUUCCUCAUGAUCAUUGAUGCCCCACGAGGUGAGAUCUUGCAUGGAGCCCCAGACCGAGGGUGAUUGACCGUCAUCUUGAACUUCUUCCAUUUUCUAAUAAUUGCGCCAACAGUUGUUGCCUUCUCACCAAGCUGCUCGCCUAUUGUCCUGUAGCCCAUCCCAGCCUUGUGCAGGUCUACAAAUUUAUCCCUGAUGUCCUUACACAGCUCUCUGGUCUUGGCCAUUGUGGAGAGGUUGGAGUCUGUUUGAUUGAGUGUGUGGACAUGUGUCUUUUAUACAGGUAACGAGUUCAAACAGGUGCAGUUAAUACAGGUAAUGAGUGGAGAACAGGAGGGCUUCUUAAAGAAAAAGUAACAGGUCUGUGAGAGCCGGAAUUCUUACUGGUUGGUAGGUGAUCAAAUACUUAUGUCAUGCAAUAAAAUGCAAAUUAAUUACUUAAAAAUCAUACAAUGUGAUUUUCUGGAUUUUUGUUUUAGAUUCCGUCUCUCACAGUUGAAGUGUACCUAUGAUAAAUAUUACAGACCUCUACAUGCUUUGUAAGUAGGAAAACCUGCAAAAUCGGCAGUGUAUCAAAUACUUGUUCUCCCCACUGUAUAUAUAUAUAUCAACAAAACCAAUGGAGCAAAUGCCAUAACAUUUCCACGUGGAUAUAGCUGUUGACAUCUAUGAUAGCAUACAAUAGCCAAUAUGUGGUGUUCAAUGUAGGCCUACACUUUUUUACAACGUUAUGCAUGGCUUGACAUUAAGCAUUUUAGGAAUGAUGCUUUACUUGUCCGAAAGCUCAAAUCACGAUAAUAAUAAUAAUAAGAAGAAAUGAUAGGUGACUGGAAAUUGCACUAUUGUGUUAUAUUACAAAUGUACAUUAAUUGUUAUUAUUAUUACCAUACAAAGAAUCAUACAAAAAUGUAUGCUACCCUCUGCCUAUUAGCUUAUUUGCAAAUGUUUGCCCCUUUUUAAGAAUAAAGCUCGCUUUUCAAAGACUGAUGUACAAAUGUUGUGCUCUUGUAGGAAGCAAUGACUCCCCCAUUGCUGACCAAAAUUUGCUAUAACUGGGCUAGUAACUAACUAGCAAAUAAUAUCAGCAAAUGUAUGAAAAAAAUAAUGUAUGCACUCACUAACUGUAAGUCGCUCUGGAUAAGAGCGUCUGCUAAAUGACUAAAAUGUAAACAUGUGCAAACGUUGCUGCAUGCGUCUCUGGUAGCCUAGUGGUUAAGCGCGUUGGACCAGUAGCCGCAAGGUCGUUGAUUCGAAACCCCGGAAUGAGCAAGGCACUUAACCCUAAUUGCUCCUGUAAGUCGCUCUGGAUAAGAGCAUUUGCUAAAUUACGUAAAUGUAAAAUUCUGUGAUCUCAGGUGAUGGAAAGACAGCUCGUGCUGUGAAAUCAAACAAGGCUACUCCGGUGCACUCCUCAGCCUACAACAUUCUUUACAACUCUGUCUUGAAGUUAGGUUUGGUUUGGUUUGUUGCACCAAUUUCCACAGCGGAGGAAAAGUUGAUCUGUAUAAAGCCAGGAAAGAUGGUGUACAGUGGGGAAAAAAAGUAUUUAGUCAACCACCAAUUGUGCAAGUUCUCCCACUUAAAAAGAUGAGAGAGGCCUGUAAUUUCCAUCAUAGGUACACGUCAACUAUGACAGACAAAAUGAGAGAAAAAAAUCCAGAAAAUCACAUUGUAGGAUUUUUAAUGAAUUUAUUUGCAAAUUAUGGUGGAAAAUAAGUAUUUGGUCAAUAACAAAAGUUUCUCAAUACUUUGUUAUAUACACUUUGUUGGCAAUGACACAGGUCAAACGUUUUCUGUAAGUCUUCAAAAGGUUUUCACACACUGUUGCUGGUAUUUUGGCCCAUUCCUCCAUGCAGAUCUCCUCUACAGCAGUGAUGUUUUGGGGCUGUCGCUGGGCAACAGACUUUCAACUCCCUCCAAAGAUUUUCUAUGGGGUUGAGAUCUGGAGACUGGCUAGGCCACUCCAGGACCUUGAAAUGCUUCUUACGAAGCCACUCCUUCGUUGCCCGGGCGGUGUGUUUGGGAUCAUUGUCAUGCUGAAAGACCCAGCCACGUUUCAUCUUCAAUGCCCUUGCUGAUGGAAGGAGGUUUUCACUCAAAAUCUCACGAUACAUGGCCCCAUUCAUUCUUUCCUUUACACGGAUCAGUCGUCCUGGUCCCUUUGCAGAAAAACAGCCCCAAAGCACGAUGUUUCCACCCCCAUGCUUCACAGUAGGUAUGGUGUUCUUUGGAUGCAACUAGGCAUUCUUUGUCCUCCAAACACGACGAGUUGAGUUUUUACCAAAAAGUUAUAUUUUGGUUUCAUCUGACCAUAUGACAUUCUCCCAAUCGUCUUCUGGAUCAUCCAAAUGCACUCUAGCAAACUUCAGACGGGCCUGGACAUGUACUGGCUUAAGCAGGGGGACACGUCUCGCACUGCAGGAUUUGAGUCCCUGGCGGCGUAGUGUGUUACUGAUGGUAGGCUUUGUUACUUUGGUCCCAGCUCUCUGCAGGUCAUUCACUAGGUCCCCCCGUGUGGUUCUGGGAUUUUUGCUCACCGUUCUUGUGAUGAUUUUGACCCCACAGGGUGAGAUCUUGCGUGGAGCCCCAGAUCGAGGGAGAUUAUCAGUGGUCUUGUAUGUCUUCCAUUUCCUAAUAAUUGCUCCCACAGUUGAUUUCUUCAAACCAAGCUGCUUACCUAUUGCAGAUUCAGUCUUCCCAGCCUGGUGCAGGUCUACAAUUUUGUUUCUGGUGUCCUUUGACAGCUCUUUGGUCUUGGCCAUAGUGGAGUUUGGAGUGUGACUGUUUGAGGUUGUGGACAGGUGUCUUUUAUACUGAUAACAAGUUCAAACAGGUGCCAUUAAUACAGGUAACGAGUGGAGGACAGAGGAGCCUCUUAAAGAAGAAGUUACAGGUCUGUGAGAGCCAGAAAUCUUGCUUGUUUGUAGGUGACCAAAUACUUAUUUUCCACCAUAAUUUGCAAAUAAAUUCAUAAAAAGUCCUACAAUGUGAUUUUCUGGAUUUUCUUUUCUGAAUUUGUCUGUCAUAGUUGACGUGUACCUAUGAUGAAAAUUACAGGCCUCUCUCAUCUUUUUAAGUGGGAGAACUUGCACAAUUGGUGGCUGACUAAAUACUUUUUUUCCCCACUGUACCUUUUUAUCAAGUUCAAUCUCUUGCGUCUUUGUGCGGGCUGGCAAUUCUUCAGCGCGGGACUGCUCCAGGAGCUGCGCGGCCAUGCACACACACAGCUUAGAGGGAACAUUUGUCACGUGGCGUUGGCUAGUUUUAUAUUGUCAGUUAUUUUAUCAUCAGUUCCAUCUAGCCUUGUGUAAGAUUAAGCAAUCUGAGUUUCACAAUCUGCUUUCCACCCUCCCAUGAAAGUAUGUUUCAGCAUGGCACAGUGAUUGCUAUCCUUGGGCAGAAUGUGGGCUAAAUGGGUGAACUUGAUAAGUGACCUUUGCUCUGACUUUCAGCAGUCUCUAGGCGCUCCUGUUAUGGGCCAGUGUUCACACAUAGAGGAAUGACAGGGCCAACUGUGUUAGGAGGGACAGAGUACUUUAACAGAGACACAAAUAUACCCAGUAACCACGCUUUAGUGCACACUCUGCCGUCUUAAGAGCUUGUCCUUAGAGUUUACCAUUCAUGCGUUUCUCAUUUAAGAGGAGAUUUCAAGAGACAAACUCCAGAGCUCAGGCACAUUGCUGAUUUUAAAGUAGAGGCACAAUGUCAGUUUAUUACGGCAACCUUCAGCACAUGAGACUUAGCUAGAAUUGAUCCACCAUGAAUAUUAGCUUUGUGAGCAUGUUGGUGUGAGUGAAUGUUUUGAGUCUGAGUAUAAAUCAGUGGUUUAGUUUCAAUGCUUAUUUUCAGAUCAUACUCUUUUGGGAUAAUGUCUAUACCAUAUAACUCCUGUCCUUUUCGGUUGGGUUUAUUUAGGAAACACUGUGUGUGUUAAGUCAGAAUUUAAAUAGAACACUACAAUUGACAUUGGCAUCCCGGCAACAUGACUAAAACUAUGGCCAUCUUGGUCAGGAAAACGUUAGUUCUACAAACAUUAUGUAUGAUAUCUCUGUUGUUGGUCCCAUCACAGGGAAGGGAAUGAGCCUGGCGACGUGAUGACAGUGACCUACAGAGAGCUGCUCCAGCAGGUGUGCCAGUUUGCCAACGUGCUCAAGUCCCAGGGGGUGAAGAAGGGCGACCGCGUGUCCAUUUACAUGCCCAUGGUGGUGGAGCUGGUAGUGGCCAUGCUGGCCUGUGUCCGCAUCGGGGCCGUGCACUCAAUCGUGGUGAGUAGCUAACAGCCACCAUUUCAACCAUGUCUGGAUGAGGCCUAUAGGCACAUAUCAUACCAGCCUGAUUUAGACUCAGACUUAAGCCACUUAAGUGCUAAGUGGAUGGAAUAGCCAUUUUACCAGUUUUUCCUCAUACAGAUUUUGAAGGAACAAAUCUUUCAACCCACACCCUACAAGGCAACCAGAACAGGCAAACACUUAUGCGCACACCGCACAGUGUAUUUGAUUAGUGUACUUGUGUUUUGAUUUGUGUGCUUCCCAGUUUGCAGGCUUUUCGGCAGAGUCGCUGUGCGAGAGGAUCCUGAACUCCCAGUGCUCGUUGCUGAUCACGGCCGGUGAGACUGCAAACUAAGCUGCAGUAACAAUGAAACUCUUAUUAGAUGGAUUAUAGUGCCAUAGGUUAUCCCAAAACCUUCUAAUCCACAGUGUUAAUUAGCCAUACUUUAUUCUGCUCAUAGUGAGAGAGCCCAGUGUAUAGGCGGACUGCAUCACUCUACAGAUUUGGAUUUGGAGUGACGCUAAUCGGAUAACUGCCAUAACCAUAACCUCUUUAGAGGGGUCCCAUUGUGUGUGACAGUGGGGUUGUCAUGGGCAAUUUCUCCCCACUGAUAAAGACUGUUGCCAGGGGGAAUGAAAGUAAUUAAAAAUGUUGCACAUUAGCGAAGUCUGCUGGAUGCUAUUCAAUUAUACUAAAACCCAGACGUGCAUUUUAUGAUCGUUUGACAUCUGAAAACACUCAAUACUAAAAUGUUUUGCCUCUUAGCUAUAAAUAUAAUCGAAGACGGAAUCAUUCCUUUUCGUAGUCAGUGGAUUUCAAAAUAUCAAUAUGAAAAUUGUUCCCAGGCUGUGACGGGUUCAUGCCAAUUCACUGAGUCACAUCUUACAGUACCAGUAACGUCCUGUCGAUGGCAAUAACUGCCCUGCGUUUCUCUCAUUGAUCGGUAUGCACCCUUUCACCUCAUCUAUUCUGAACUUCCCCAACCCUGUCAUGCCCCCCCCCUCUCUCAGAUGGUUUCUACAGAGGAGAUAAGCUGAUCAACCUGAAGGUGAUCGCUGACGACGCGCUGCAGAAAUGCAGAGACAAGUAAGGACCAAGCCCUUCUUGAAGUACUGUUCUAUCUGACUAGCUCACAGGAGGUUGGUGGCACCUUAAUUGGGGAGGACGGGCUCAAAAUAUCAAUAUGAAAAUUGAUAUUUUGAGUUUGAUGCCAUUCCAUGUGCCAUGUGUUUGAUGCCAUUCCAUUCGCUCCUUUCCAGCCAUUAUUAUAAGCUGGCCUCCACUGGACUAGCUAGUCGCAUUUACACACUUCUUCUCUGUUUGCCGUUCCUGAAGAGAUGAUGCUGGUUUGUCUUGUAUUUCCAGCAACACAUGCCCAUGCUUGCCUCCAUUAGGUAUCUCUUCUGUAUGUUCAUGUGAAUCACGACUCUCACCUUUCUUCUACUUCCUCGUCUUCCUACUCUUUCCCACUCCCCCCCCCUCUUCUCCGUCUGUCAGGAGUUUCCCAGUUCAGAGGUGUAUCGUGCUAAAACAUCUGUCCAAGGAGGUGGAGGCCACUCACCUGGUCUCCGAGUCCCCCCCUCCCACUCACCUGGUCUCCGAGUCCCCCCCUCCCACUCACCUGGUCUCCGAGUCCCCCCCUCCCAAGCGGCCCUGUCCUGACCUGCAGGUGAGACCAGCAUCAGAAGCCCCACUGUCCUAUUCAUUAGGGCAAACCAUGGUAAAAUGUUUUGCAAUGGAAAAUAAAAAUGGGUGUUUAUUAACAAGUUCAGGUAGUGCCUCCAUUUUCUUCCAGUUGGUGCCUAAUGAUUACAACCCAUUUGUUCAUAGGACAGGUCUCUCACCUUUACCACAUGCUACUGUUUAGUUAAUAAAGGCUUAAGUUGUUAUCCCUUUAACGUUAACUCCCUCCUUUGUUUGUUUUUCACUUGUAUCUCCUGAAACAGUUCAAGCUUUUGCCGCCUUCCUCCUUGGUGUUUGUAUAAGAUGAAAAGUAUACAUUGUCCCUCUGCAAAGCCUGUACGGCUUUGUCUCAGAUGUCAUGGUUCAAAUGACAUGAAGCCACCCUUUUUAUGUCUGUUGAAAUAACCGUUUCUAUUAACCCCUUCUAGCAGGAGAAACAGAAAGACAGAGUAAAGAAAAUCCGUCCCGUCCCGCAGGUAUUUCAGAUUUCCCUGAGCUUGAAUUUUCUCAAUUUCCUUUUCUUCUUAACACCUUUCUGUCUGAUCCUCUUCUCAGCGGUAGCCUAACCCUGGGGGUCGAUCCUAUAGUAACACCCUAACUGCUGUGUCUAGAGGAUCUCUCUCUGUCGGAGCGUGACUGUGGUCUUACUAACAGCACUCUGCUCACAACUGGUCCCGUACCUUAUCUCUGCCUGGCUUUAGCCUUUUACUUUUAGCUAUACUUAAGAUACGCUUGUUGGGUUGAAAUUGACCUGAAAGCAACACUGAAGAAUAAACAUUGACUAGAAGCUUUCAGAUGGAAGGUAAUUGACCCCUGACUCACCAUGUAGAUGUAGUUUAUCAACACUGACCUCUCAUGCCGUCAGUGGGGCCUUUCGUCUCCUGCUAUAGUUAAAGUCCGUCUUUUUCGUACUGGGAUUGUGCAGCACUGUCAAUAUACACUGAGUGUACAAAACAUAAGGAACACCUGCUCUUUCCAUGAGACUGACCAGGUGAAAGUUAUGAUCCCUUGUUAAAUCCACUUCACUCAGUGUAGAUGAAGGGGAGGAGACAGGUUAAAGAAGGAUUUUUAAGCCUUGGUACAAUUGAGACAUGGAUUGUGUAUGUGUGCCAUUCAGAGGGUGAAUGGGCAAGACAAAAGAUUUAAGUGGCUUUGAAUGGGUAUGGUAGUAGAUGCCAGGCGCGCCGGUUUGAGUAUGUCAAGAACUGCAACACUGCUGGGUUUGUCACGCUCAACAGUUUCCCUGGUGUAUCAAGAAUGGUCCACCACCCAAAGGACAUCAAGCCAACUUGACACAACUGUGGGAAGCAUUGGAGUCAAAAUGGGCCAGCAUCCCUGUGGAACGCUUUCGACUCCUUGUAGAGUCCAUGCCCCGAUGAAUUGAGGCAUACCCAAUAUUUUGUACUCGGUGUAUAUCAGUAUAUGUGCAACGCUAUCAAUGUGAUGCACAUAUAUAUGGCAUAUUUCAGAAAUACUAUGGCGGUACAAGUUGGCUGAAAACGCAGGGCCCUACCCAUAGUUUAAGAACAUCUGUACAGUAUAUUUCAUUAACCCCACCCAUAUAGUGACCUUUAACCCCCAAGAACAGCAGUUUGGGAGAUGCAUUUGAUUAUGAACUCUGAAAGUUACAUUAUUUGCUAACUUCUCUCACCGUUGUUUCAGACUGCUCAAGUGUAUACAAUGCUGAUUCACUUAUUCUCUCAUUUGUUCUCGUCUGUCUUAGCUUGUCUGAGCGGCAUGUUUGAUUUGAGCUAACAUUCUGACUUCUGAUUAAGUGAUUAAAAGUAUUUAGACUUCUUCCUACUGCUUAAUACGAGUGUUAUCAGUUAGGCUUGGAUGUUGCACUUCACUGAAUAGAAUCAGUUGGGUUCAUCUUUUAUUGUUGAUUCGGUCUCUCUCAAGGGCUGUAAACAUUCAGCUAUCCUUGUCACCCGGUCAGUCAUUCUGUGUGGUUUUACCAGUGUGUGUGUGUGGUUCUGCCAGGUGCCGUGGAACCCUGAGGUGGAUCGGUGCUGGCACAGCUUACUGAGUAAUAUGUCUGAGGAGUGCGAGCCAGAGUGGUGUGACUCUGAGGACCCCCUCUUCAUCCUCUACACCAGCGGAUCCACCGGGAAACCCAAGGUACACAUUAUCACAUGCAAGCAAUUUCACUACGUUUCUGUCUCUCUGUGCGCCUGUCUCUCCACUCGGAAACCUAAAAUACACGUCUUUAUCUUUCUCGGUCACGUUUUUGUUUGCCCCCCCCCCCCUCUGUCUCUUCUAGGUUUUUGCACUCUGUUUUUUCUGUCUUCACAUGCACAUCAAUGCUGCUGUCAUGAACAUGUGUGUCUCUUCUCAACAGGGUGUGCUCCACACAGUCAGUGGCUAUAUGCUCUACGUGGCCACCACCUUCAAGCUGGUGUUUGACUACCAGCCUGACGACGUGUACUGGUGUACGGCCGACAUCGGCUGGAUCACAGGCCACUCCUACAUCACCUAUGGACCCCUGGCCAACGGUGCCACCAGCGUCCUGGUGAGUGGAGGGCCACAGGCUUACUGCUGUCAUUUAGGGGAGGGAGGGCUGUGUCUGAAAUGAUACAUUAUUCCGUUUGGUCUCUGGUGCACUAUAUAGGGAAUAGGGUGCCAUUUGGGACACCCAGAGGCUUUUUGUGAUUAAUAUGAUAUACUUAUCAUUACUAUUCUGGGCUUCCACUUAUAUUGAAAGAAGGCUGUCAAAUUUUGUGCAACAGGAUUAUAAUGUCAUAUGAUUUUAAAUGGUGUCAAAAACAUCCAUAGUCCAUUUUGACAAACUGUAAAGAGAUAUGUUAUAACCAAGUCAUGGUUUUAUUGUGACUUAUCUCAUACAGCUACUCAUUAAAAUGUAUUCUCAUAAAACAUGUGUAUAAACAAGGAGGGGAGCGAUCAAAGGAGAUGUUAUUUUCCACCUCUACUUCCUCAUGUAGUUGAGACAGCAUUCUCUUUGAUAUCAGACAGCCAAUGAUGACUUAGUUUAUGAUCAUAGAGUUGUGUUCACAUAAUCUGACUCUGUUUUGUUGUCAAUAUGUGACUGCCUCUGACUCUGUUGUGAUGUGAAUCUGAUCGGUUUACAGUUCGAGGGUCUGCCCACCUACCCAGACGUGAGCCGCAUGUGGGAGAUAGUGGACAAGUACCAAGUUACCAAGUUCUACACGGCGCCCACAGCCAUCCGCCUCCUCAUGAAGUAUGGCAGCGAGCCCGUCCAGAAGUGAGUCUCUACACACUUGGCUCAUCCACCCUGUUUCUAACCUGGAUUGUGUUCAUUAGGGCACACUGUAGCAAAAUGUUUUGCAACAGAAAACAAAACUGUUCUAAUUGGACAGUACCUCCUGGUUUGACCCUGUUUCAACAAUUUCUGCCCUAUUGAAAACGACCCAGGCCUGAAUAUGACAGGACUUCAUACAGCAAAAGCGUCACUAUCUACAGAUGGGACUAUUGAGUGCUCCAUCUGCUUAAAUGUGUUACUUUUAUUAUGUUUUACUUUAGUUUAUUUUGUAAAUAUUUUCUUAACUCUUUCUUGAACUGCAUUGUUGGUUAAGGGCUUGUAAGUAAGCAUUUCAUGGUAAGGUCUACACCUGUUGUAUUUGGCACAUGUGACAAAUAAAGUUUGAUUUGAUCCUUUAAGUACAUCUACUGUCUAGACGGUCUGUCUUUGCCCUCUGUAUAUACUGCUAUAUACACAAGUGUUGGCAAAUGCCUGCAUGUUUGGUUUUGUCCUUUUGUGUGAGGCUAUGGGAGUGUGUCUUCCAGGUUAACAUGUUCCCUCCCCGUGUGUGUCAGGUACAGUCGUGAGUCUCUGAAGGUGCUGGGGACGGUAGGGGAGCCCAUCAACCCGGAGGCGUGGCAGUGGUACUACAGUGUGGUGGGGGAGAAGAGGUGCCCCGUGGUCGACACCUUCUGGCAGACUGAGACCGUCAGUACCCACUUAUUUGUUUAUCAUGUAAUGUUACUGAAUAGAUUUUAAAUACAUUGAAGAAAUGGAUGCGUUUAUUGAAUGUAUUUUAUUAGGAUCCCCAUUAGCUACAUCCAAAGCUGCAGCUACUCCUCCUAAGGUCCACACAAAACAUGACAUAAUUCAAAACAUGAAUACACAAUUACAGGACAGAACUACAUAAAUUGACAUAAUACAUAACAUUAACAGACAGGUACAGAACUACAUGUGACCCUAUUCAUUUUAUGAAUGGCUCCACCCAGUGUGAUUCUUGUUCAUCAACUGAAUAGCUCAUGAACCAGCGGAAACUCCAUGUUAAGGGGACUUUAUUCAUUUUAUGAAUAAAUCCAAAGGCCACGCACUAUACCUUCGCUAACCCUUUAACGGCGUCACUGUGUGCUUAGGGUCGUUGUCCUGUUGGAAGGUGAACCUUCACCCUAGUCUGAGGUCCUGAGCGCUUUUGGGCAGGUUUUCAUCAAGAAUUUGCUCCGUUCAUCUUUCCAUCGAUCCUGACUAGUCUCCCAGUCCCUGCUGCUGAAAAACAUCCCCACAGCAUGAUAACUACACAAAAAAAAUGUAUGCACGCAUGACUGUAAGUCGCUUUGGAUAAAAGCGUCUGCUAAAUGGCAUAUUAUAUUAUUAUUAUUAUUAUUAUAUAUUAUUAUUAUUAUUAUAUAUUAUAUAACUCCAAGCGGGCUGUCAUGUGCCUUUUCCUGAGGAGUGGCUUCCGUCUGGCCACUCUACCAUAAAGGCCUGAUUGAUGGAGUGCUGCAGAGAUGGUUGUCCUUCUGGAAGGUUCUCCCACCUCCACAGAGGUGACCAUCAGGUUCUUGGUCACCUCCCUGACCCAGGCCAUUCUCCCCCGAUUGCUCAGUUUGGUCGGGCGGCCAGCUCUACGAAGAGUCUUGGUGGUUCCAAACUUCUUCCGUUUAAGAUUGGAGGCUACUGUGUUCUCUGGGACCUUCAAUGCUGCAGAAUAUUUUUGGUACCCUUCGCCAGAUCUGUGCCUCGACACAAUCCUGUUUCGGAGCUCUACGGACAAUUCCUUCGACCUCAUGGCUUGGUUUUUGCUCUGACAUGCACAUGCCUUUCCAAAUCAUGUCCAAUCAAUUGAAUUUACCACAGGUGGACUCCAAUCAAUUUGUAGAAACAUCUCAAGGAUGAUCAAUGGAAACAGGAUGCACCUGAGAUUUAAUUCAGUCUCAUAGCAAAGGGUCUGAAUACUUAUGUAAAUAAGGUAUUUCUAAAAACCUGUUUUCACUUUGUCAUUAUGGGGUAUUGUGUGUAGAUUGAUGAGGAAAAACAUUUUAUUUAAUCAAUUUUAGAAUAAGGCUGUAAUGUAACAAAAUGUGGAAAAAGUCAAGGGGUCUGAAUACCUUCCGAAUGCACUGUAUAUAACAUUCUAUUGGUUGCAAGAAUUUUGUAUAAGCCAUACGUUUGCAUAAUAUCUAACAAGGAGAGCGAGGGUAGGAAAAAAAUAUGAAACAACAAUGCACGUUCUGUCUGAAUGACUCAAAUCCGCCCAUAGUUUGAAAAGUGAGAAUGCACACACACCCGCACUGAUCAAAUCAAAUGUUAUUUGCCACAUGCGCCGAAUACAACAGGUGUAAACAUUACAGUGAAAUGCUUACUUACAAGCCCUUAACCAACAAUGCAGUUUUUUAAAGAAAAAAUGUAAAAUUAAAAGUGUUAAUUAAGCAAAAUUUAAAGCAAAUAGCUAAAGAGCAGCUUUCUUGGUCCAUUAACAUGCAGGAGGAUUCUUAGGUAGCUAAACCUAUUGCCAAACUUUUAUUUAGGAUUUUGAAAACACUUCCUCCUUUCCCUAUUACGAUAAUCAUCUAAUCCGAUUACUAACUGUCAAUUUCCGGAUACGAUUGCGGCUGGUCAGAUCAGCACACCAGUAAAUAGCUAACGUUACACCGCAUGUCUGAUGGCUCAUUGCCGAAAUUGUAACCAGCUAACGUUAGCUAGCUAUGUUGGCUAUUAGCUCACAUCUGAUAUCUUAGCACCGUGUUUAUCUAGCCAGCUAGCUAGCAUAGUAAUCUUUGCUAACAUGUUACAUAGCUAUCUGCUUAGCUAGCUUGCUGCUUAGCUAGCUUGCUUAUUGCAUGCAUGUCCGGGCACGUCGACACGAGCCUUAUUAUUAGUGAAUUCAACUAAACUAAUAUUUGCAACAGGAGUUCGAUUUUGGUCACUGUCAAUUCAUACGUUUCUCAAUACUGCACCUUUCUGUUGGAGAAUGAGCUAGCUUACUGCUGAUUUUCCAAGAUAGACAUUCCUCGACAUUGUGCAGUGCUCGCCGGUGGCUCUGCCAGGUGCUGAGUGGCGACUGGUAUAGCAGCAGUUUUGCUAUGCAGAGGGACUAUCGGCAUAGCUGAUAGAGAAGGGCCAAUAGACUAGAAAAGGCCAAUAUCCGCCCGAUAUAUCGGCUCGGCCGAUUAUCGGUCGUUCUCUAAAUUCAGCACACAUAGAGAGACACAGACUUUGUGUCUAUUUGUAAAAAUAGAAAACAAUAACACGGCAUCGACAUCUCUCUUCUGUUUCUGUCACUGUCACUGUAAACUGUAAAUAGUGAAAAGGGUAGUUUCAUUUUGUCAGUUUGGUGUGUGUGACUGAAUCUCUCUUCCCAUUCGGUCUUCUCUCAGGGUGGCCACGUGUUGACUCCUCUACCUGCUGCCACACCAUUGAAGCCUGGCUCUGCUGUAAGUGUUAUGUUCAUACUAUCAAGUCCUCCAUUCCUGCCCACUAAGAUGCUGCCUGCCUCCUGUCAUUAUGAGGGCAGAGUUGGUCUAAUUUGCUCUCUGUUUUUUCCCUUCCACCACCAGACCUUUCCUUUCUUUGGAGUUGUCCCAGCCAUUUUGAAUGAGUCUGGGGAGGAGCUGGAGGGACCAUGCGAGGGUUACCUGGUAAGAAAACUGUUAGAAAUUACCCAAUACUUUCAUUUAGCUGCAAACGUUAGAUUAAUUCUCACUGCAAUAUGUUGUCGGUAUUUGAUUAAUUGGAUCUUCAAUGCUUUUGUUUUACUUUGGACAUCCUUGCAUCUUGUACCCCUCCUCAGGUGUUCAAACAGCCAUGGCCAGGAGUCAUGAGGACUGUGUAUGGGAACCACCAGAGGUUUGAGACCACCUAUUUCAAGAAAUUCCCUGGAUACUACGUCACUGGUGAUGGUACGAUGAGUCUAACAUGGUCCUGAGCACCAUCAUGACUGAUGUUUAUAGAAUACCGCACACAUUUACCAUAUGUAUUCUUUAAGUGGCAUCAUAUUAUAGACUUCCAAUUUGUUUUAUGUAUACUUGUUUAAAUCAAGACCCUCUGUAAACGGCACUUAUGUAUUAACGUUUCCCCCCAGGUUGCCGUAGGGACAAGGAUGGGUACUACUGGAUCACAGGGAGGAUGGAUGACAUGUUGAAUGUCUCAGGUCAGUACUAUCAGCUGGAGCUCUGUGAAAUAUAAUGCGUAGUGUUGGAAUGUCUGUACUGUGUGGUCUCUUGUUCUGCCAUCUGCGCUACUGCUAAUGGUGGAAUUCCCCUUUGUGUUGUAGAACAUAUUACAUUACUACUACUACUGCUGGGCACUUUCAACAAAACACCCUUUCAAAGGCCCUUCCACUGUACAUACAAUAUACCAGGGAUAAUCAAGUACUAUUUGAGAAGGUCCGGUCACAAAAUUGUCCUAGGUGGCAAAGGUCUAGAUGGAUAUUGUCAUUUAUUGGGGUAGUAACAAACCCCCACCUCGCGGCUUCGCAGAUACAAUUUCCUGCAAUUUGACACAUUUUGCCAUGUCUUGUGUGUUCUUUUGUGACCCACCACCUGGAAACAGUCCUAUGUAGCAACAUUUUAAAUGGUGUUUUUUACAUUGGAUAAAAGUAGAGACUCAGAGCUAGAAAAUUGUAUAUAAUACACUGCAGUUGAGGAACAAUGGGAAAGUCAUUCUGAUUUGAAAGUUUAUAAACUUCUAACCCCACUUUUGAGAAAAUGACCCGUGAAUGUUUUGGUACAUCUACUGGAGAGCUCUUCUUUGUCUACACCCAUUCAGCAUCUUUCACACCAUCAUAAGCCUUAGACCCAUGGUCCUCUGUAGCUCAGCUGGUAGAGCACGGCGCUUGUAACGCCAAGGUAGUGGGUUCGAUCCCCGGGACCACCCAUACACAAAAAUUUAUGCACGCAUUACUGUAAGUCGCUUUGGAUAAAAGCGUCUGCUAAAUGGCAUAUUAUUAUUAUUAUUAUUAUUACCCACCCAUCUCUUUAAGGAUUCACAGUGUAGUAAACAACCAAAGAUCUCAAGACUAAAAGUGGUGAAAGUAGUUGCAAAAAGUAGUAAAAAUACACUUUAUCUCGUCCUUGGCCUAUAUCCUAAUCUGACUUUGGUGCAGGUUAUGUUCUUCACAUUACCAUCUCUGGUAAACACACACUAUAUCAAAUAAAAUCAGUUUAUUUGUCACAUGCACAGGAUACAGGUGUAAACGGUCUUUUGUUUAGACAUGUAGCUAGCUAAACAAUGAACCAUAAUCCCAACUCUAAUGCAGAGUUCCAAACAACCAAGAACUCUGAAAUCUCUGACUUCAGUGCGUUCAAAACUACUCGAGAAGAAUCUAUUUGAACGGUCAUCCAACUCGGAAUUCCAACUCGGGAACUCUGGCCUCUUUCUAGAGCUCUGACUUUCCAAACUGAAGAUCACUGACGUCAUGAUUUGAACUCUUUAUUUUUCCCAGAUGUUUUGAAAGCGGCAAUACUACCAUGCAGGUAGAUAAAGCUAACCAACUAGGUUCAAUGUUAGCUAGCUAGCAAACAUUAGGCUAUAACUAGCAACUCAAAUGGAUUUCUGAGAUACUAAUAAUAUUACUACACAGAUCAUACACGAAACGUUAGCUAGUGAGCCAGCCAGUAAUGAAAAUGACUUUCUGACUAAAUUAGAAAUGGAUAAUAUCUGAAAAUGUAGGUAGACUCUUACCCGUAUAUAUUUUUACAUUUUAGUCAUUUAGCAGAUGCUCUUAUCCAGAGCGACUUACAGUUAGUGAGUGCAUAAAUUAUAUUUUUUUCAUACUGGUCCCCGUGGGAAACGAACCCACAACCCUCUACCAACUGAGCUACACGGGACCAUAUACAUGGGUGAACGCUUCUCCCCCUCUGUCAUGGAGACCCUUAGUUAGAAGAUGGAAUCCGGAGACAGGGGUUUUAUACAACAUCCUUCUGCGUUCUCUUUUGGACUCUCUCCGCAUUUGGCAAUCAUCUCUCUGCUUCCACUGGACAUUCCACUGAUUUCGAAACAGGUCAACUUUUUCCAUGACAACGACACUGUUUCUUCCCACCACUGUCAUCAGAAGACUCUACAAUGUCUGGUUCAAUUCAAAUGUUUUUAACUAAAUCAGGGAUUUCGUCAUUGUCUGAUUCAUUUUCAGAAUCAUGAAUAGUGUUCUGCUGUUGUGAAAUAUUAGUUAGUUAGUCUUCCAGGAAGAUCUGACUGAUGAUAAUGUUAAAUUCUCCAGCACUAAAAUAUGAUUCAGAGAUAGGUAGACUGUUAUUGUACUAUAUUCCUGUCAUUGGACUGUAUGCUUAUCUGGGUCGUGUUAAGUAGGGCACACGGUAGCAAAAUAUUUUGCUACAGAAAAUGAAUAUCUGUGUUGGACAAAUCUAGCUAGUACCUCCCCGUUUCUAAACGUUUUCUCCCUACUGAACACACCCCAGGUCAUCUGCUGAGCACAGCAGAGGUGGAGGCAGCCCUGGGAGAGCACGCGGCGGUGGCCGAGGCAGCGGUGGUGAGCCGGCUGCACCCUGUCAAGGGGGAGAGUCUCUACUGCUUUGUCACGCUCACGGAUGGAGUCAGUUUCAACUGCACCCUGGAGGCCGAGCUAAAAAAACAAGGUGUUUGCAUGCGUGUGUGCGUGUUAGGCCAAGUACUGUCACUGAACAUGACAAAGGGGAUUAUCCUGCAAGGCACCAUCCUUGUUAUAUGCAUCUCAAGAGACAAUAGGUUCUUGUGUUGAAGCAGAUGUAUUAUAACUGGAAUUGAGGAUGUUCAGAUGACUAAUGCUGUGUAUUAUCUGUUGUGACAGUAAGAGAGAAGAUUGGUGCCAUUGCCACCCCCGACUUCAUACAGAAUGCCCCAAGCCUUCCCAAGACCAGAUCAGGUGAGAGGGUAGCACAUAUGAUGCAACAUUUUACACUAUGAUAUCAAAGCUGUACUGAAUGAGAGCUAGUAAUUGCGUUAAUGACCAAAUUGCCUUUCUUCUUCUCUGUAUACAGGUAAGAUCAUGCGGCGCGUGCUACGUAAGAUUGCCCGUAAUGAGCGGGACCUGGGCGACGUGUCCACGCUAGCUGACUCUUCGGUCAUCGAGCAGCUCUUCCUGAACCGAUGCUGUGGCGCAGUGUGAGCUUCUACCUGCAGAGGGAGCCAGAGAGCCCUGCCGGGUAAAACAGGAAGGAAGGGGAGGAAGAGUUGCAGAAGAAGGAGAUUCAUACAUUGAACUGUAGAGCCUUCACUGUGGGGCUCAAGCCAACACGGGGUUAGCGGAAACACAACAUAUCCCUCUAGUUUGUCAGGAGUUCCAUUCUCCCCAGUUAUAAAGUACAGUUGAUGUACUAUUGGAUUCAAAAGUUUGCUUUUUUCCAUUUGAACAAUGUAGACUUUUGUCAUUUUGUUUUGUUUCUUUGCAGCUUGACAUAGGAUCGCUAUGUAUGUUUGUGUCUGCAUGCUUGAAAUGUUUUAAAUUGUAUUUUCUACUCCCUCUGUAAUCUAGAGACAGAGGGAGUUUGUUAGUGUGUACUAGCAGAACACUGUCUAAUUCACAUCUCCUUUCCUCUCUUUAGUAUGUGAGUGUGGGAUGAUUGUACUAGAAAGAAAAUGUAAGGUCACAUUUUGAAAAAACAACUCAAUGAUGCAUAAACCCUUUAUGAUACCUACCUACUGGACGUCAACGACAACGGGCCGGAGUUUAAGGUGGUGUAUCCCCCGGUGGUGUGGGAGAACAUUGCUGUCAUUCAUUAGCAAAUGUCAUGGGGAACGAAAGGGGACUGAAGGGUUAUAUUACCGUUUAUGUCAUAGGACUUUGCUUAUAAAUGAUUAUGUAGUUCUAAUGAAGACAUAAUGAAAUCCUUUACAAGUUGUUUAUUUAAAAGAGUGACCUAACAUAAAAUGCAGGACCCAUUUAGAUGUUUGUAAUUUUAUUUAUGGCAAAACUGUCAUUGUGUUCAUGUGCCAACAUAACAUUGAAACUGGAUGUUAUAGUUAUGUCGGUUAAAAAAAAAAUGGUUUUGAAAUAAUUUGUCUAUCUUCUCACACAACUUCUGGUAUUAGGGCCUGGGUGAAAAUGUUUUUACGUUUUGUCAUUUUAUCUUUUUGUUGCCCCUUUGUAUCAAAGUGACAUGCAAUAACUCACUUUAAAUUGACUGACUACUUCAUGUGCUCUGUUUUAAUGGUCAUUAUUUUGGAAAAAAACCUGGGUUGUAUUCACUAGGCACUAAACUGUAGAAAACAAACUGAAACGGGGAUGGACUACUUGGACUUGUCCAAUAAGAAAUGCUACAUUUUGUUCUCUUGCAAA